AAAGAGGAAACACCUCCAGCACCACCACCACACCAACUUAUUGCAGAAAUCAUCAACCACAACAUGGCCAAAUUGUUCAUUUGCUGUCUUGCCGCAUUGUGUGCCGUAGCUGUGGCCCGACCCGAUCAAUAUGAUGCCGCUGCCGAGACACGCAGCUUCUCCGCUGACAUUAAAGAGGAUGGCAGCUAUCAAUAUCAAUUUGAUACCACAAAUGGCAUUGCCGCCCAAGAGUCUGGAGUUGGUGGUUACUAUGCCAGUGGCUCAUCGGCCUACUAUGCUCCCGAUGGCCAAUUAAUCACCUUGACAUAUACGGCUGAUGAAAAUGGUUUCCAACCAUCCGGUGAUCAUUUGCCCACACCACCACCAAUUCCCAAUGCCAUCCUUAAGUCUUUGGAAUACAUUCGCACUCAUCCCCAUCAAGAGGAAAGACAAGGUGGCGCCCAAGUCAAACCUUUCAAACCUGGUCAGAUUUAUUAUAAUAAGAAUUGA